AUGAGAGAAAUUACGAACGAAUAUACCGAUAAGAACAAGGUAGAAGAAGGCUGUAAUCUCAACCAUUGCCACAAUCCAGAUCCAAUUUGUAAAAAUAAUGGCAGAUGUUUCCCUCUGAAGAACAAGAUUGCGACGACUUGUGAUUGUCGCUGGACUGGGUUUACAGGACCAUUAUGUACCGAAAGUAAGUAUAAGUUCAUAAUUAUAGCACACGAUGAUUCGAAAUUAUAAUUUGUUCCUUUCUACAGAACGAACAUUAAACAGUUGUCAAUUGUUUGUCUAGGAGUAAAGUGUUUCAAUAAAAAUUUCUGAUUACUGAAGACUAAUUGGUCCAUUCAAGGUUUGAUUCUCGCCAAAUGAUCGGCUGCAGUCCCAUAUAUACACACGUAAACAUCUCACAACUUGUCAACAAGAUGCGUUCGCAACAGGCUUGAACUAUAGCAAGCUUGUCAACAAGUUGUAUAACAAUGCUGUUAUUUUGUCAAGUUGCUACAAGAGUGUCACUCACAACUUGUUAUCAAGUUGUCGAAUUGCAGAACGAUAACAAGUUGUUGCAACAACUUGUAACAAGUCUGUUGAAUCAACAACCAUGUAGCAAGUUGUCAACAGGCCCUUGACAACUUGUCAACAACCUGGGAACAAGCAGUCCGAACACGUUCUGUUGACAAGUUGUUGGAACAGCAUUGCUACAAGUCCGCUGCGUUUUUACUUUCCCUUUUCACAUAACUGUCAUUCCGAUGUGGGGAUCGAACCCACGAUUAGUUUACGUUUUACUAUAGGUAUCGAGAAGGACCCUUACUGGACCUCUUGGGACAACAGUUUCAAACUCAUAGAGCUAAAUAAAGUUGGUUUUGUUUUAAACAGUUUUUACUCUUUUAUUAAGCUGGCUUGGAACUGACCUUAGAUGGAACUUACAAAGUGAAGCAUCGUUUUACAAGCCGGGCAUUGAAUGAAGAGAAAUACGCAUUCCGCAUUCGGACAUUGCAACAAAAUGCCAUUCUGUUUUAUGCCGGAGGCCCAUCAAACUAUGGAGAUUUCACUCUAAUUGAAAUUAAGUCUUCGAAAUUAAAAGUGGUGGUCAAUUUUGGUAGCUUCGUCGGUCCAGGUAUGCUUCACAGUCAGUUCGCUACCAUUUGCAAUCAUGUAUACCUACACAUUUUUUGGCGCGUUGCCCUCAGUAUUUAUAAGGGCGUGUUCAUACCACCCCAUCCCACUUUUCUUCAGGACCAAUUUUGUAAUUCUUCCGAAACUGAGGAGAAACUGGGGGGGGGGGCAAAACAUCUUAAUGUUUUCAUCCAUGACAAAAAAUAUACCAAAUCUAUGGCUUUCAGAUUAUCAUAAAACGGGUCCAAAAUGCAUUGAAUAGCGUUUUGCAGACAGUCCAAAAAGAAAAAUGUUCCGGAAACCAUGCCCCUCGGAUCCCCCGGUUGUUCUGUGUAUUCGACGAUUGCCCCCUCUCUCCCCUCACUUCUUUGGGGAAGGCUACGCCUCUGUGUUUAAAGAGUUUUUCUCAGGGUCCUAGGCAUUCACCAUAAUUGAUUAACUAACCCUCACAGACCUUUGUCAAUACGUCAGUGUGGUAAACACAUCAAACUAAACCAAACUAAACUCAAUUAAACUAACAAGAUUCGCUUUUCGUAGGAACUAACUAUACUGCUACAUCAAGCGUGGAAAUUAACGAUGGCAAGUGGCAUUUCGUCGAAUAUGCGAAAGAAUCCUACUGUUUUACACUGAACGUUGACAUGAUAUCGACAGAAGUUAGCCUGACUAACAUGGGCUUUAGAAAAAUGGACUACGAUGACCAUUCCUUUUUGGGAGAGAUUGCGGAGACGCCGUACAAACAUGAUAUAAAAAUUCAAGAUUUCGUUUGGAAAGUGAGAUGGGACACUGUUAAUUUUGUGACAGGUUUGUUCCAGACAUAUGAAGAUUAUAACGCAUAUUUUCGUGUGCUACCUGAAUAUGUUUUACCAAUUUUCGACAGAAAGUUACCUAGAACGGCUCAACCACUAAGCUAUAAAAUUACCAGUUCUACUCCCAAACCAAUGUCAAAUACUCCCACGCCUUCGAAACAUCGUUGUACUGAGGGCCGCUGUUCCAGCAAAGGUAUGAUUUAG